AACAGAGCUUAAGGGGUCAGAAAUCAUAUCCUUGAGGAGCAUCAAACACAACAGACCUUCACUGGCAGCCUGAGAAUCCUAUAAGCCCUUUGGCCUCCAGGAUGUGGAAAGACAACAGUAUUGAUGCAUCUGUUAAAAUAUCUGGAAGCGGUACUGUAGCAAGAAGUGCAAGUCGCAGGAAGAGAACAAGUUUCUCAAAGGAACAUGUUGAGCUUCUUCGAGCCACAUUUGAGACAGACCCUUACCCAGGAAUCAGCCUCAGAGAGAGUCUCUCCCAAACUACAGGCCUGCCAGAGUCUCGCAUACAGGUAUGGUUCCAGAAUAGGAGAGCUCGUACGUUGAAAUGCAAGGGAGGAAAGAAGCCGCUGUGGCAGUCCGAAUCACCGUUUAGUGCAAUGCAGAAUUCACCAGUUCAGCUACACUCUUCUAACAGCAACAACAGUGAGUCUGGUGCAGGUACUGGGCCUUUAUGCACUCCACCACCAGCUUACCCCAAUCAUAUUAAGCAAGAAAUGGAAAGGGAUGGACUUUAUGGAUGUGACACUCCAUCUUCCAUGUCGAUCGGGGAUGAUUCCGGCUACUGCACUCCUUCAUAUGGACACCAUCAGGCCAGAGCCAUGAACGCUCAGUGCAGCCCUCCUCUGCUAAGUCCAGAGCAUCAGAUGCCUCCAAACUGGGCUGCGAGGUAUGACAGGAGAUCACCUAUGAGUUCCAUGUGGGGUCAGUAUCAUCUUGAUGCCUAUGGCUGCAAUCCCAGCUCCAUCCAAGGCUUUUUUUACUCUCCAUCUGAAGAACACAACAGUCUUCAGCCGCUGACCCCUGUUACCCCAGACUCGGGCUGCUGGGAGGGUGGUUUGGAGGGCACUCCUACAGCUUCCAGCUCUUUUUGUGUAGAUAACCUAGAAGUUCAGAGGAUGGAGAGCCAACAGGAAGGCAGGAUUCACCACGGGCCUCUGCCUGAGCUGCCGGCCUUGUCCCUACAGGAGAUCCUGGGAGAGCUGCAAGGAGACUGGAGGCAGGGUGAAGGACUAAACAGCCACUCGUCUGAGGACAACCAUGUGCACGGCUGAAUUUUGCAGUGUACAAUCUAUUUAUGACUAUUUAUUCAAUGUAUUUAUUGACUAAGGACAUGGAUGAACAAUUAUGUAUUAUUUAUCUGAUCUGAAGGUAACAACAUAAGAGAUUUCAGAUGUUUUCAGACUAAAUUAAAUGGGCUUUGUUCUUGCUAUUUAUUUAGUGAUCAUUGUAAAAGUAUGAUUAUGCAGCUUUGUGUAUAUUGUUUAUAGACAUCUUUAUUGACUUCAUUUAAUUGCUGCACUUGCAUUUAAAUAAAGAUGUUUUUCCUU